AUGUUUGUUAGACCAAGUUUAGUUGGUAGUCUGGGGCGUUCAAAUUGGAAAUCAAUAAAAGAAUCCAUUUCAGAUCACGAUGAUUUAAGUCAAAUUCAAGAAGCUUUUGAAAUGUUACAUCAUGAGGUAUUACCAGAGGUAGAAGGAAAAAAGACUUCAAAGAAAAUAUUAAAACAACUAAAAUCUUGGUGUGAAAGAAAUGAAAAUUUGACUUUACCCUUUGAUGAAGACGUGGACGGGUAUGCUUCAGAUACAUCAAUUACACCGGAAGAAGAAAAUUCUUCAAACGAAAUGGAUGAUCAAGAUAACGAUAAUAAUGAAAAUUAUCCAAUAUUAUCACCAGAGAUCAAUAUAAGCAGUAAUUCAUCCUCUUUUUCAACACAUUCUGAAAAUAUUGCUAUAUUAUCAUCAAUGACAACCACCACAAACAUUUCAAAAAUCAAAGGAAAAUCAAAAAUGGUUACAAUGGGAGAAGACCAUGAUAUGACUCAUGAACAAUUAGAUUUUACUGUAAAUAAUUCUGAUGAUUCAGAAGAAAUACAAACAUCUGAUGGAUCAGAUAAUGAAGUUUGUGUUGAGAAUAAUGUUCAAAAUGGUCCUGCAGUGAAUGAAUGGAUUUCUUUGGGCGCUUCUGUGUUGGAUUCAUUGAUGGGAUGGUUAGAAUGUCCACCUUUGGAAGGAAUGAAUGUAGCUGCGGUCGUUUCAUCAUCUUCUUCAAAACAAGUUAAUGCCAAUGCUGUUUCUAAUAAUAAAAAUCAGACCAUAUUGGAUAUUCCAAUGCAAUUCAUUGAUUUAUUAACUUAUCCGGAAAUUGAUCCAAAGGCUUCUAAAAAAGCUUCUUUUGCAGUGCUGCGAGAAAUAUCAUUCGUUAGACAAAGACGAAAAGUGCUGUGUUUAGUCACGAUGUUUAUGUUUUUUAUACGAUUUUGUUCGUUUGAUUUAUUUUUGGUGUUAUUAUUUGCCAGCAAUUGCUCAAUGUUAUUCUUGAUGAAAAAUUCAGGAAAAGUUAAUGUCACGAUGGCAAAAAGAGCGGUUAGACAGAGAAUUGGAUGGGCUAAACAAUGGGCCGGAUCGUUAUUCAAGAAUCGGGCAAAUAAUGUUGCACAUAACAAUGGUAAUAUUAAGAAAAGUCACAACCUCGUUAAUGUAAUCACCAACGUUAAUUCUAAUGCACAUAAAAACUUUCCUGUCAAUUUUCAUACAGCUAAUGUAACGGGAAUUAAAGUUACACCAGCAACUCCGCCUCAGUCUUCAUCACAAAAUUCACCACAAGCUUCACCACAAACUACAACACAAACUACAAUGAUGUCAAAAUCAGCGUCACAAGAUGCGAUGCAAAGUGGAAGUAUGAGCGAUACAACUCAUGGUGGAAGUGUAUCAAUUAAAAUGAUUACACCUAAACGUGGUGUGUUUUUUCGUAAAAGCGGCCAAACGGGUGCGACACCGCAAACGACUAAGGAAGAUAAAGUUAUCUCACAAACAAUAGAAAAUACUUCUUUAAAUGGAUCAUAUUCUUGUCAACAAUCAUCAUCGCAAGAUGUUUUAAUUGGUUCAACGAAUUCUCCAAUGCACUCUUCAAAUCCUCAAACGUCACCUACCAUUUUAGGAGGAGGUGAUUCGUCACAACCGUCAAACACACCUGCCGCACAUCAAACAUCACAAAGUCCUUCAACGAAAAGGAGAUUCUUUAUUAAUAAACGUAGUAUUCCUUCUUCUCCGUUACAAAAUGGAUUAAUAACUACAUUACCGGAAAUUUCUCAAGAAAUAUCACAUUUGUCUAUGACAAAUGUUCCAACUGCUACAGUAGGUAUUGUUGGGAAUUCAAUAGCUACAAGUGGAUACGGGUCAAAUCACUCUGCCAAAUCUUCUCUAAAUAUCCAUUUGAAUCAACAACAGCAAAUUAAUAGUUCGUUCAUUGCUGAUAGUGAUUUAUUAGUCAAUGAUACUUAUCACGAAG